UCGUUCUUGCCGCCGGCGAGUUUGACGAUCGUCUUCUCCGGCAAGCUUCUGGAGAUUUAACGAUUCAUACUCUUCUCCAGACGUAUCUGUUUAAGCCGAGAGAGAGAGAGAGACCACCCACAGGCUGGAUGGCUCCCAAAACCGUGGUGUUCAUCGAGACGAACCUCGGCACAUACCUCGUCACGUUCUUCCGCAUCCGCGAGACCGUCUUCAGUUUUAAGAAUAGAUUGGUCAAGGAGCACCAGCUUUGCUUUCCAGAUGUUGGAGAAAUUGAAAUUUCUGCUCUCAAAGUGAAACACGGAGGUCGCUCUUAUCACCUCUCGGACACUGUGUUCCUGAUGAAGGCUUUGGAAGAGGUCCGCCCUUGGGGAGGCAGCCAUUCUGCUUUUCUCGAGAUCAAGAGAGUUGUGAAGAAGGGGAACGAGAAUCUUCAGUCCUUCUCAAUCCCACCAGGUGACAAAGAUGGCGCCGAUAAGCCGAGCUUCGUUCAUGGCGGCAAAGGCAGCUCUCCGUUUCGUAGGGUUCGAGCCACGGUCUCCUUACUGGCCUCACUCCCUCGUGGCUGCAGCCACUUCUGAAUUGCCCGAAAGCGUUUUCGAGUGCGAAGAGAUUUUUUUUUCCCCUGCAAGUUUUUGUUUUCCUACCAAAGACUCAAAUGUCAAUCGGUUUAGUUCGGUUUAGAUUCAGUGUUGGUAUCGAGUGA